GGCGUGGCCCGAGAGCGCCGCGGAGGAGCCGGUCGUCCCGGCCCGGAAUGAGUGGAGCCGGGGACGCCCUGGCCAGGCGGGACGCGGUGGUUUUAGUCAGGGCUUGAGCGCUCGAGAGGAGGACAGGCCGCUUCCCGCAGCAUGGAGGACGACGCCCCGGUGAUCUACGGGCUGGAGUUCCAGGCCCGCGCUCUAACACCUCAGACUGCAGAAACAGAUGCCAUUCGAUUUUUGGUUGGGACACAGUCUCUUAAAUACGACAAUCAGAUUCACAUCAUAGAUUUCGAUGAUGAAAAUAACAUUAUAAAUAAAAAUGUUCUCCUCCAUCAAGUGGGUGAGAUCUGGCAUAUCAGUGCCAGCCCCGCAGAUAAAGGUGUGCUGGCAACCUGCUACAACAAGACUUCAGACAGCCGCGUCCUGGCGUGUGCGGCCGUGUGGAGGAUGCCCAAGGAGCUGGAAUCCGGCAACCACGAGUCUCCCGACGACUCCGCCAGCACCGCGCAGACCCUGGAGCUGCUCUGUCACCUUGACAACGGGGCCCAGAGCAGCGUGGCCUGCGUCACAUGGGAGCCGAUGGGAGAUGGGAAGAGAGUCAUCUCACUGGCAGACAACCGCAUCCUGCUGUGGGACCUGCAGGAGAGCUCAAGCCAGGCUGUGCUGGCUGGCUCUGCGGCUCUGGAAGGGAAGGGGCAGCUGAGGUUCACCUCCGGGAGGUGGGGCCCGCACCACAACUGCACGCAGGUGGCCACCGCGAGUGACACCACCCUCCGAGGCUGGGACACGAGGAGCAUGAGCCAGAUAUACUGCAUAGAGAAUGCCCACGGACAGCUGGUGCGUGACCUCGACUUCAAUCCCAAUAAGCAGUACUACUUAGCCAGCUGCGGAGAUGACUGCAAGGUGAAGUUCUGGGACACGCGGAACGUCACGGAGCCCGUGAAGGCCCUGGAGGAGCACUCGCACUGGGUGUGGAGCGUCCGCUACAACCACUCUCAUGACCAGCUGGUCCUCACCGGCAGUAGUGACAGCAGAGUCAUCCUGUCCAACAUGGUGUCCAUCUCCUCCGAACCCUUUGGCCACCUGGUGGAUGACGAUGACAUCAGUGACCCAGAGGAGCACCAGGCUGAUGAGAAGCUGAAGGAGCCCCUGCGGGACAGCGUCAUCGCCACCUAUGAGGAGCAUGAGGACAGCGUGUACGCCGUGGACUGGUCCUCAGCCGACCCGUGGCUGUUUGCCUCCCUGAGUUACGACGGGAGGCUGGUCAUCAACAGGGUUCCCAGGGCCCUGAAGUACCACAUUCUGCUCUAGCAGGCUCCCUGCUCCCUCACUGAGCCACGAGGCAGAGCUCAAAUAUUUGCAGCUUCUGGAGCUAAUUCCUUUGUCAAACAGCUCCUCUCUGAGAGAACCAUCACUGCCUCUGACAGGAGCACCUCUAUGGCUGCAGGCUUUGCCGACUGAGAGCCGACGCCGUGCCGGGCACAGCACCCACCUGUCACCUGGGACCCCCCCCUGCGCAGGCGCCAUUGUGAGUUUCGGUGUUCUGUCCUAAGGGUGUCGGGAGUUCCACUGUCGCCAGGUGGUUCUGUUCCUACCACAUCACUCCUUCUCUUGAGAUUGAAAAACGAAAUAAAAUUGGUGAGACAUGCUGCCGGUGCCAGCUUCUCCUUCAGAACUCAGUG